GGCAGAUUUAAUCUAUAAAAGGCUUGUAAAAUUUAAGCAGCUUUACUAGGUUGGUUGUCAAGUAUUUGCAUUUUAACAAAAUGGCAAACCAAGUGUCCCUGCUUACUUACUUGCAGGUAGCUCUACCCGCUAUCCCAGCCAAUCCUCCACAACCUUCAGGACCCAAUACCACGAACGACUCGUAUAGCUUUCAGGACAUUCACAAUCUUACUAUUUGGGAAGAAUUUAAUUUGGCAAAUAUCCUCCAAACAUAUCAAACUGUCUUGACAACCUCUUCCCUUGCUGCUGAUCCAUUCCCCACCUCUCCACCAAAUGCGAUUAAUUCAGAAAAUCCUCUUCGGCAUAGAAUUACCGAAAUGAUAUCGACACGUUUGCGGCGGGCUCUGCGUACAGGGUUUGCCAGUUUGAGUGCAGUAAAACAAAUGAAUGGUCUUACUAUCCUCUCCUUUGAUGUUGGAGAAGCAGCAAGAACAAUCGGCACAUAUACCCCUGAUAUAGCCUACUUCACUGCUGGGAGUCAGCCUGGUACUAGUUGGAAUCGAGCCCCUGGAGAUGUCAAACCUAGUUGGAAAUGGGAUACGGCGAUGAGCAGCGGAACCAAUUACCAACGCAAAGAAUAUCGCCAAGCGCUGAGUCAAUCAUGAGCUCGUAGUCAUUCGAAGGGUUGACAACAAUGGCAAUUUGCGACUGUCUCGGCCGAUUCCCUGGGAAGUCGGAGGCACAGCGGCACAUCCGCGUUUGACUAUUCUGCUUGCACUCUGGUACCUUGGCAUGCUUGCAGCCAAGGACCAGGGCCCUGGGUGUUGGAAUAUGUGAUAUUUCGUCCAUUUAUUCUGAUGAAAGUGAAGAUGUGGGUUUUUGGGGGCUGACUGGGAGUAUGCUUUUCUUUUCUAUGCACAU